UGCGCCGCCAGCUGUGGCUUUUCCCCGUAUCCGGGCGGGCGCGGGGCAGCGCUUUUCUCCCGCCGGCCGUUAACGGUCGGUUGGUCAGCCAGCCGCCCGGGCGCGCUUCCAGCGGGCAGCGCGGCGCCUCGCUACCGCUUCCUGCGGCCGGAACCGCCGCGGGGGCAGCUCUCGGGAAGGAGUCCUCAGGAAAGCGCCCUCUUCAGAUCUUCCGUGAGCGUUUUCCUUCAGGGGAGGGGAACGAAGCGUGAGGAAUUGCGCUUAGCGGUCUCACUCGGUUCGUUUCCAUCACGGCGCAACGCCUUCGUGGUCUCGAUUUCUGCCGUUGGCUCUUCAGGGCGGCUCGUAACUUAAAGAAGCAAACGGCGUAAGAAGAUGUCCCGUAAAAGCUCCAGGGAAGGCCGGAAGGCGAACGUCUCCAGCUCCCUGGAGUCGGAGGACAUCAGCUUGGAAACCACCGUCCCCACUGACGAGCUGUCCUCCUCCGAGGAGCGGGAGGGCGCGGCGCGGGUCACCAGGCAGCUGAUCGAGCGCAAGGAGCUGCUGCACGGCCUGCAGCUGCUGAAGAUAGAGCUGUCGCAGAAAAACCUCAUGAUCGACAACCUGAAAGUGGAAUACUUGACCAAGAUUGAAGAGCUAGAAGAGAAGCUGAAUGAUGCAAUCCAUCAGAAGCAGCUGUUGUCUUUGCGACUGGAUAGCCAGCUGGCAUUGCAGCAAGAAGAUGCUAGAAAACAUCAGGCGCUAAUGAGACAAGAAAUGGAAACUAUUUUAUUGAGACAAAAGCAACUGGAGGAAACAAAUCAUCAGUUAAGGGAGAGGGCUGGAGAUAUCCGUCGUAGUUUGCGUGACUUGGAAUUAACAGAGGAUGGCUACGAGAAGCUGAAGUCUCUGCCUGAAGAUCAGCUUUCCAUCCCAGAAUAUGUUUCUAUUCGAUUCUAUGAAGUGGUCCAUUCCUUAAGAAAAGAGCUGGGUGAUCUACAGAUGAAGAAGGACACGUUAACAGAAGAAGUAAGCGAAUACAAAUCCCAGCUGAAGGCUCUAACAGAGAACUAUGAAAACGAGAGGCGAAGUCGGUCAGAACUUGAGGUUAAAUGCCAACGCUUAAUACUGGAACUGGCUGAUACCAAGCAGAUGAUUCAGCAAGGUGAUUUCAGACAAGAGAACUAUGAUAAAGUGAAAUGUGAACGAGAUGUAUUUGAACAUGAAUUGUCAGAACUCAGAAGAAAAUACGAAAUACUGGAAAUUUCACAUAAAGCACAAGCUAAAGAAAGAAGUGAUUUAUCAAAGGAGCUGGCAACCAUACAACAAUCCCUCAACCUCUUGCAAAAAGAUAAAGAUUACCUUAAUCGCCAGAACAUGGAGCUUAGUGUUCGCCGUGCACAUGAAGAAGAUCGUCUUGAAAGGCUUCAGAUUCAGUUGGAGGAUGCCAAAAAAGCUAGAGAAGAAAUGUAUGAAAAAUAUAUUGCAUCCAGGGACCACUACAAAACAGAAUUUGAGAAGAGAUUGCAUGAGGAAUUGGAACAAAUAAGACUGAAAACAAAUCAAGAAAUUGAGCAACUUCGAAGUGCUUCGAAAGAGAUGUAUGAGCGUGAAAACAGAAAUUUGAGAGAAGCAAGAGAUAAUGCUGUUGCUGAAAAAGAGAGAGCUGUUACUGCUGAAAGAGACGCUUUAAGAAAGUAUGACCAACUCUUAGAACAGUAUAGACAAAUGCAGCUUGGCACAGAAAGCAAAGUAUCUGAACUUCUUCACCAAAGUAAGUUAAAGUCCUUUGAAAGUGAACAUAUUCAACUCAUGCAACAAGAAACAGCUAAGAAUCUUUCACAGUGCCAAAUAGAAUGUGAGAAAUAUCAGAGAAAGUUGGAGGUGCUCACCAAGGAAUUUUACAGUCUUCAGUCUUCUAGUGAAACACGCAUUAUUGAACUUCAAACACAGAAUUCUGAGUUUCAGGCAAGACUAGAUACUUAUGAAAAACUUGAAAAAGAUCUUGAUGAGAUAAUAAUGCAGACAGCAGAAAUGGAAAAUGAAGUUGAAGCUGAAAGAGUUCUCUUCUCAUAUGGGUAUGGUGCUAAUGUUCCUACAACAGCCAAAAGACGACUAAAGCAAAGUGUUCACUUGGCAAGAAGGCUACUGCAGCUAGAAAAGCAAAACUCGUUGCUUGUAAAAGAUCUGGAACAUCAGAAGGAACAAGUAACACAGAUUUCACAAGAGCUUGACAGAGCAAAUUCUUUAUUGAGUCAAGUACAACAGCCAUACAAAUACCUCAUUGAAACUGUGCAACAGAGAGAUUCUCAAAUAAGUGUACAGAAGGAACACAUUGCAGAACUUGAAAAAGAUGUCAGUCUUUUAAAUAAAGAAAAGACAGCUUUGCUGCGUGUCAAGAAUCAAAUGGCAGCAGAUUUGGAGAGACUUCUAAAUCAUCGUGAGGAACUAGCCGUAAUGAAACAGAUUCUAAUUAAUCUACAGGAUAAACACAAGGAACAAAACUUACUUCCAUCUCAAAUUAAUUUAAAAAGUUUGACUGCAGAAAACAAAUUAAACCCUUCAGUAAAACCGCUGCCAGAAUAUGAAGAAGAAAAUGUAUUCAGACCUAAGCCAACAUUAUUUGUAAGUACUAUGCUAACAGUAAGUGCCAUCAACUUAUUUCCUCACACUUUAAAAAGAAAAAAGGUAAUUCAUACUUCAAGGAGGUACACACUUUAUUCCACAUAGUAUUUGCAACUUUGUGUGGCUGUGGUUGAUUUUGAGGAGACAAACUGCAGUUUGUGAUGUUAUUUACAUGUUUGGUAGUUCGUGCAUGUAAAGUCUGAAGUAAACAAGAUUUUUAAAAGAAAACCAAUUAUAUUACUAUCAGUUCACAAAACUGUAAUGAGCACAAAAUAAAUAUGCAAUUUUAAGUCUACCCUGAGCAUGAGGUGAUUGUGUACCGAUGUACUGAGGAGCAGCAGUGGGGAAAUAAAUGUAUUUAUGUGUAUUUACACUGCUGCAUAUACAUGUAUACAUACAGGCACAUGCUUAGGAUUUUUGUAACUUCUGUUACUAUGGAUAAUUUUGAUACUAGAAAACCUUGUUCUAUACCUUUAAAAAAAUAAAUGCUUGGAUUUAAAUGCUUCGGGUUCCCUAUUGAAUUUAGUGCUUCUGGUAUUUGAAAGGUUCCCAAAAAUGAUAUAGAAGCUUCUGAUAACAAGUGUGCCUCAGCUGAUAAAUUUAAGAGAAUUAUAAUGCUGAGUCACAAAGCAAAUGAUAACUUGUAUUUACAAUAGUUGCAGCUGUUUUCCUCUAGGGUAGGCUGGUUCAAUCUACACAACCCUCUUUUUUUCCCUUUCCCCUGGGCCCAAUAUUUUGCUGCUUUGGUCCAAAUGUGUAUCUAUAUAUGGUUGUUUUUUGUUAUUUUUAUUUCUUCUUCUGGAAAGAAUCUUCUUAAAAUUGAAAGAGACUCAAAUAAUGUAAGAUUGAUAUUGCAACACAUCAGAUAAUGUUUUUGUAAUACACAAUGUAGAGAAUGAUUACAUCCCCUGAGUAUAGCAUGAGGGCAUUUGGGGACAAUUACUUAGAUUAUUCAGUGGUUGUUAUUUUGCUUAGUGUUUUGAGACUGCUCAGAGGUAAAAGGCACACCAUGUGUUGUCUCAUCUGUAAUCCUUUUGGAAAUGCUAAAUCAUAUAUCCCAAGCUUUUGUCUUUGGUGCAGUGACCCAAAGACAAACUGUGAGCUAACGAUUAGGUUGUGUAGAUGAUCCAGAGUUUGAGUGUAUAAUCUGUCUUGCCUUUCUUAGGGAUAUAGAAAUGAUGUGGCAAUCUAGAAAAAGAAAUGCUUUGACAUGUUGAAAUUGUUCCUCCUAUAACUUUGGAGUAGGAAAUGCAAACAAGCUGAUUGCAGGGUUUCCUACUAGAUGGGGAAAUAAUUCAAUAGUCCUGUUGAAGUCUUGCCCAUUUAGGCCAAUUUUGAGAAUUUUAAUAGCUUAUACAAAUAGAGUAAAUUUAUUUUUAUAACUGAGAGCUUCAAAAUCAGAGAAAGAUGAAGAUUUAAACAUGAUCCAAGGCGAGCUGAAUUUGAAGACUGAUUGGUUAUUAAGUCUUGGAGGAACAGAACAAAUAGGGAGAAGAAAACAAACUGUUUAGAAUUGAGUUUAGAGACAACAGAUGCAAGAAACAGUAUUAGCAAAAGCAAGAGUUAAUACUGAAACUUGAAUGUAGAACAGUCCUUAACCUUGUUCCAUCUUCACUUUGUUUUUUUUCUUCAUAUAAACAACUUCUGAAUUUGCCACAAGAAUGUUCUAUACUGUCUUGAAUGUGCAGUAGCCCAAAGGAUUAUGAAAGCAAGAAGUUACUCACUGAUAAUUCUCUACCAAUAAAAUUAUUCCUGCACUGUCAUUAAACUGCUGAAUUCCUUCAUUUUGGAUUACAAUUUUUUGAGAGCUCUUAUUUUGGACAAAGUGUUGGUCUAUGGCACACACAAAAUCUCUUUCCUGAGUUUCAUCUCCUUCUCUAACGGGAGCACUGAAUAAUGCUAUUUAGAAUGAAAUCUAUCUGUGCUACACUUGACUCAUGUUCAAUAUUUUAAAACAAAACAUUUACCUCAUCUGCUUUUUAUAACCUAGAAAUCAGCUGGUUUAAAUACAGAUAUGUAGUAAUAAUAACCUUGAAUACAUAGUCUUACCUUUAUUUUACUUUCUUUAAGCAGAAAAAAAUGAUUUAACACUAUGAGCUACAUAGGAAAGAAAGAGAAUUCAUCAUAGAUUGCAUGUUCUUAUUCUGACUUUUGUUCUUUCUCACAACUAAUACAUUCUUUAUGUUACAGACAAAUACACAGGCACCUGUAUGGUACAAGAAACUGCAGAAGAAAACAUCACCAUAGCAUUUUUCCGUAAAUACUAUGAAAAUCCUUUCAGGAGAUUUUCUUUGAAGAAAGAUAUUUUCACCAUAAUAAUGCCUCUUUUCCCAUAAAGGCAAACAACUCUUUUGUUUACAAUUGUUGCUUUAUAUCUGUGAAAUUAUCUUAUGUUGUAUAAUGUAAUUUCUAGAUCUGCCGUGUGAAUAAAAUGUGUGGAAAUAAUGCAUGCAAUGAACUUACUACCAUAUAUUUGAAUUUUGAAAGAUAAAUAAACACCAUCAUAUUGCAUAUAUUUAUAA